AUGAAGAUGAUAACUUGCAUAGCUCCUAUAAACAUGGCCGUAAUCAAAUACUGGGGCAAAAGAGAUGAAGAAUUAAUCCUCCCAAUAAACGAUUCGAUCAGUGCCAGUCUUAGUACGGACGUUAUGUGCGCCAAAACUACAAUCGUAACAUCGGCUUUGUUGAAGGAGAAUAAAUUUUGGUUGAACGGCCAGGAACAAAGCUUCGACAGUCCAAGGUUGACUAAUUGUUUGAGGGCUAUCAAAAAACGUGCAGACGAAAAACUCCCUCACCUACACUGGAACAUUUCGAUUUGUUCUGAAAACAAUUUCCCGACAGCAGCGGGUCUAGCAUCCUCAGCAGCUGGCUAUGCCUGUUUAGUCUAUGCUUUAGCCCAACUUUAUAAUAUCGAAGGAGAAAUCUCCAAUAUAGCCAGGCAAGGAUCUGGAAGCGCUUGCAGAAGCAUUUACGGAGGAUGGGUGAGAUGGCAUAAAGGCAAUUCACCUGUUGGUGAAGAUUCUUUGGCCAAACAGAUAGUUCCUGCUGAUCAUUGGCCCGAAAUGCGGCUUUUAGUUUUAGUAGUGAAUGACACUAAAAAAAAAUACAGUUCUGCUAAAGGCAUGGCAAUAACAACCUUGACUUCUUCUCUAAUAAAAUAUAGGGCAAAUGAAAUAGUGCCUAGAAGAAUUGAGGCUAUGGAACAAGCAAUUUUAAAUAAGAAUUUCCAAAGCUUUGCUGAGCUUACAAUGAAGGAUUCAAAUUCCAUGCAUGCUUGUUGUUUGGAUAGUUUUCCUCCAAUUGCUUAUAUGAAUGAAGUGUCACAUUCUAUCAUUCAGUUAGUGCAUUUGUAUAAUGAUUAUAAAAAGGAGCUUACAGUUGCCUACACUGUAGACGCAGGUCCUAAUACUUGCAUUUACUUACUCGAAUCUGAAGUUGAAGAUUUUUUGAGUAUUGUAAAUUUUGUUUUUCCUAACAAUGUGGAUGAUAAUGAGUAUUAUAGAGGUUUAAAGUUGCCUAGUAUAAGGCCGCUUGAUGAGAGUAUUGUUAAGGAUUUAAAUUUAUCUGCUAACAAAGAGGGUUUGUUGAAGUAUAUUAUUUAUACUAAAGUGGGAGAAGGACCGCGAGUUUUGGAUGAUUCUAAGGAGCAUUUAUUGCAGGAUGAUGGAUUACCUAAACAUUUUUAA